GUUUGCUCGGCAGCAGUCAGAGACGCUGUGUGUCUGAGUGGGAGAUGGACUGAGUGAGGGCGCUCUCUCGACCAGCGCUGCCGAUAGCAUUGAAAUACCCAGAAGCUAGGUUGAAGUAAUUGACGAUUUCAGGUCGCAGAAUCAACAAGGGGUAAAAAAAACCAAAAAAAAAACCCCAGCAGCGAUAUCAGUCUUUUACCUCCCACUCCAAACACACUAACACGGCAUUGAUGGUAAUGUAUGCAAGGAAACAACCGAGACUCGGCGAUGGGUGCGACCGAAGAGAUUCACAGCCCUACCAGACUCUCAAAUACUCGUCCAAGAGCCAUCCAGGGGGGGACCACCGACAUGAAAAGAUGCGAGACUCCUCAGAUGUCACUCCCCCCUGCAAAAUGCUCAGGAGGUCUGACAGCCCUGAGAACAAAUACAUCGACAGCACAGGCCACAGCAGAGCAAAGGCUGUCCACACACACCGGGCCAGAGACAGGGACGGAGGAACCAGUUUUUCCCCUCAAGAAAAUUCUCACAACCACAGCUCCCUUCAUAGCUCCAACUCACAUUCAAAUCCUAGCAAGACCUCAGACACAUCUCACGAACCUGGUGACGACUGGUCAGAGCACAUCAGCUCUUCUGGAAAGAAAUACUAUUACAACUGCAGGACCGAAGUGUCCCAGUGGGAGAAGCCCAAAGAGUGGCUUGAGAGAGAACAGAGGCAAAAAGAUGCAACGAAGACCGUUGUCAACAGUUUCCCCAAAGACAGGGACUACAGAAGGGAGGCUAUGCAGGCAUCGACAGCCCCUACUGGUUCUAAGUCAGCCCAGGUGGAGAAGCCCGCAGCGACCCAGUCCCAGUCAUCAUCCUCGAGCUCGGGGAGCUUGAACCCGUCGUCAGGGCCUCCUGGAUCGUCAGCCUCCACGGUGCCCGUGUCUCCAGUCCUGCAGUCGUCUGCCCCUCCGCUACUCCAGGACCCCACCCUGCUUCGUCAGCUCCUCCCAGCACUUCAGACUGCCCUGCAACUCAAUAAUGCCAGUGUGGACAUGGCGAAAAUCAAUGAAGUACUCACAGCUGCUGUCACACAAGCCUCAUUACAGUCCAUGCUCCAUAAGAUCCUCACUGCUGGACCGUCGGCUUUCAACAUCACUACUAUCCUCUCUCAAGCUGCUCAACUCUCCAACCAAGCAGCUCAGCAAUCGAACCAGUCACCGAUGUCGUUAACGUCAGACGCCUCAUCGCCCAGGUCCUACGUGUCUCCGAGGAUCAGCACACCACAGACCAACGCUGGUCCUCACAAGCCCCUCCUCAGCACGCAGCCUGUCAUCUCACAGCCCAAAGUGAGCACGCAAUCAUCGAAGCAGGCGUCUCAUCAUCAACCCACAUCCCAGCAGCCCCUCUCCAGCGACAAGCAGCACAGUCAUGAUGCCACCACGGCCUCCCCACGCACCCUGCAUCGCCAAGGUAAUGCAUUUGUUUGUGGAAGAGUUUCCACGAGGAAGCCAACCUGUGAUGAGCUUGAUGGAGAGAUGUUCAUAGUCAGAGGAGUCCCUCUCCGGGUCCUAACCACGUCGCCUUCAGCAGCAGCAGCAGCAGCAAUGCCCCGAACUCUGCCUCCGCUCCCCCCACCGCCUCAGCAGCCCGGCCCUCCUGCACCUUCACCCCCACCCUCGCAGCCCACUUCAAUGAGAAUCUUAUCAAACACGUGCAGGGGUGGCCUGCUGAGCACGCGGAGAAACAGGCAUCGAGACUACGUGAAGAGGCACACACCAUGGGAAGCAUCUGCAUGUCUGAGAACUGCACCGAGCUCAAAAACCUCCGGUCUUUGGUCAGAGUCUGUGAAAUACAAGCAACAUUGCGCGAGCAGAGGAUACUGUUUCUGAGACAGCAAAUCAAAGAACUCGAAAAGUUAAAGAAUCAAAAUUCUUUUAUGGUCUGAGAACUUCUGGUUGAGAAUUGAAAGCGAGCGUUGGUGAUAUAAAAAAAAGUUUUGGGGGAAAGACCCAUUGCACAUAGUUGGAAGCUGGCGGCAGAGCAGUUGUUCAGUUCCUCUUGAGCCCAGUCUUAACACACACACACACACACACACACGCACACACACACACACACACACGGGAGCUGCAGUUGGGUCGCCUUUGGACCGUUAAGCUGGGGAAACCAAGGGGGGUAAAAUGAAGAGCUGCUGUGGGAGAGAAGUGGGAGGGCGGGGUGAUUUACAAGUUUUGUAAAAGAAAACCCUUGACGGAAAAAAUGUAGAUUUCUUGUAGAUGUUAUUAUCUAUGUUGUAAAUAUGUUUUGUAGAUUGAAGCCAUGGAAAGCCAUGCCUAUCAAAGCUUUUGACAUCCAAACUAAUGAACACCUAGGCGGCUACAUUCAUUAGCUCGCCUUUCCUUCAUGUCAACUCGUCUGCAGACUUAAAAGCUUCAUUUUUGUCAAUUCAUGGAUCAUUGAACCAUUGAGCAUGUGUGGACCUGCAUGUAAACAAAAGAGGAGGAUGUUGGAAGCCAUGUAUUUUCACACAGAAGCAUAAAGCAUAUAACACACUGGUGUCAAAAGUUGUUCUUCUCAUCAAAACUCGGUAAACCGAUUCUCUUCCUCCGCCCCCUCUCUUGGUGAACUGUCACAUGUACCCGGGCCUGGUAGACGUCCCCAUCUCCGCGGGUUCAUCCCACCUGCUCACCAUGGUUCAGUGAUCUGUUUGCAGCUUCUGGUGGCCCUGCGAUUUCCCAGUCUGAAAAAAACCAGUGCCUGGUGGUGUGGUGGAGUGACUGAUUUAAAAAAAAAAAAACAAAGACAAAAAAGAAAUUAGAGAUGUGAUGGCGUGCUGCUUUGGACCAUUCCCACUGCCCCAUCCCCCCCGGCCUCGGCUCGGCCCGGCCCUGCCCUGCCGCACCUUCUACUGAGACACCUACACUUCACACCCUCCUUAUCUGGGUUUUCUUUCUUCCUGUUUUUGUGCUCUACCAUAUCUCCCCCUCCCCUCCCCUCCCCUCGGACUCUUUAAGCUGAGGUGUAACCACUGGUUCAUUCCUUUGUACAGUCGCUAACAUAACGGUGAAGUUUUAAGAAAGAGGACGCAGCAUUGAAAAGGUUUUAUUUAUAACAGUUGUAGUGGCGAGAAACAGUAAAUCACAAUGAUAUCCAUCAGCCCUUUUUUUGUUUGCACCCGGUUCAGGAGUGGUUCUUUUACAGGUGGUUUCGGAGACGUACGCGGCGUUGGAUCACUUCAGUCAGUGCAGGGCAACGAGAGGUCACAAGGUCAAAUGUGAAAUGUAUGUAUUGUAAUAAACAUAUUAAAGUAAA